AUGGAGACUCGUUCUAAAAGGUCCUCUCGGACUCGGCAAGCGGCAUCCACCGCUGGUGGAGUGCGCCGUAUGCGUUGGACAAAGGAUAUGAACGCAAACGCAUUGCGGGCGUACUAUAGGGCGAAAGGGGAAGAAACUGCGGGGAUAGCGUAUCGGUCUCGGAUGCAUUGCUUUUUUGCUGAGCUGGAGCCGUCUAUUCCCGUCACGGAACAAAACCUGGCAGACCGAGUUCGGUACAUCAUGCGCUCGAAAAUAUUUGAUGAUGUCGAGCUCGAACGACUACGAUGUAAGGCCAUUCCCUCAACGAAUGAAUUGGCUACGGCUGGGGAUGUGGCUCCUCAGGCGACAGACCAGCUGCCACGCGUAGAAGCCGCCAUGGAUCUUCCAGUUGUGGUUGAUUCAGACGAUGAUGAAAUGUUCUCCCACGAACUAGAGCAAAUGAGGAGUAUAUUGGAAGAGGCGAUUUUGGAAACGCGCAGCAUGCCUCUCGAAAAUCGACCGCGACUUCCCCGCAUACCCCUAAGCAAGCGAAAUCGGGCUGUCGUGAGGGCUCUUAACCCAAUGCUGGUAACUUAUUUGGAAGCCAGCCGGGACCUUUGCGAGACGGACUCAGUUCUUUUUGGCGCCGCAGUGGCAGCUUGCCGUAUUAUUGGCGCCAAACUUCCCAUGGCUGGACGCGCUACUAAACAAAGUAGCGCCAUCCCAGCCUGGAGAAAAAGAAUUGAGGACCGUAUCGCAAAAGCAAGGGCCCUUAUCGGCAGACUGAUAAGCUUCAGUGCCCUUACGUUCCGGAGCCGCGAUAUCUCUUUCGAACAGCCCGCAGCCCCGGAGCGCAUAGACGACCUGAAGCAAAAGAUUGCUGCUCGGGGGAAGCGGAUUCGCCGAUUUACCGAGAGGUCAAGGCGGUUCAACCAGAAUCGUCUCUUCCAGAGUGAUCAGAAGAGGCUCUACAUAUCAUUGGAGCGACCAGAGGUAUGUGGAGCGGGCCCAGGACCAGAUCAGGCUAACAUUUCAGGAUAA